UCAAAUGCUAACUCAUUUCCGGAAACUUAUUCUACAGUUAGCAUCAUAUUCAUACCUGUUGAUAAGCUGAUUCCCUUGCUGUCUCUUUCAUUCGCAAAUUCACCAAUUAAUCAUGAAGAACAACAAGACGUCUGUUUCCUUAAAACAGGUAAUCUCUUCUAUGGUGACGAGUUCCAUAGCCAAAGCCAAAUCCAUAGCUGUUAAGAGCAAAAUGAAUGCAGCCAAAGCCAGACUGAUCAUGUUGACAUUGAUGAAAAGCAAGAAAGCAGUUUUGCUUGGUUCUAUCUCCAACAAGAUUAAUGGACUCCUUGGCGACGAUAAGGAGGAGAACGACCAAAACCAAGACGACCAAAGCAAAGCCAUAGUUCCAUAUUCAUACGACGAUGGUGAUGGUGAUGGUGAUGGUGAUGGUGAUGGUGAUGGUGAUGAAGAUGAAGAUAAGUACCCAGAUUUGACCCAUUGUUUGUUCGAUGAGGAAAUGGAGUUGGAGGCGGAGACACAAGGCGGGUCCAUCAUUGAGAUGGUAAGGAACUCCAAAGAAGAAGGAGAGGAUUUCAGGUUAGAAGACGAGAUCGACCACGUUGCUGACUUGUUCAUAACCAGGUUUUACAAACAAAUGCGCUUGCAGAAGCUCUUGUCUUUCAAGAGGUAUCAAGAAAUGAUGGAGAGAAGCGUUUAGAGGCUUUAAUUUAACCCCUUUACUAUGUUUUAUUUUUUUUUUACUUUUGUUUGCUUUCGAUUUCUUUGAUUUUUUACUUGAUUAAUGUAUAAACCUAUCCAACUUGCCUAAUUCUCAUUUCUAAUGUAGCCAGUGAUAUGGGAUUGUGAUAAAAGAUAUUAUAUUAAAA